UUUUCCAUAUUUAGCUCUCUUUGACCCCAACUCCCAUCAUUAUCACCAAACAAACAAACCAUACCAGUACCACUUUCAUCAAACACACCCAAUUCAUUUCUUUCAUCCUUCCUCUUCUUUUUCUUAUACACUUCUGCUUACCAAAACAAUCUCACCAAAAACUCUACAUUCUUCAGUUGUUCACCCUCUUUUUUCCACCUCUAUUUCUUCCUCCAUGAAUUCAGAUGUAAGCUAAGUAUUCCCAUUCCCCCAAACACACCCUAAAAUGAAAACCUCCAUUUCCCCCUUCUUCCUCGUCAUUUUCUCCCUCCAUUUCACCUCCCUCCUUUCCUUAAAUUCAGAUGGAACUUCCCUUCUUGCUUUCAAAUACUCCAUUUUAAGUGACCCUUUAUCAGUUCUAGACUCAUGGAAUUACUUAGACCAAACUCCUUGUGCAUGGAACGGCGUCGCUUGUAACCCUGAUCUUCAAGUCAUUAGCUUAACUCUUCCUAAUAAUCAGUUACUGGGUUCUAUACCAUCUGAUUUAGGUCUCAUUGAAACUCUCCUACACCUUGAUCUAUCCUAUAAUUUCUUCAAUGGGUCUUUACCUGUUACUCUUUUUAAUGCUUCAAAUCUUCAAGUUCUUUCUGUUUCCUCUAAUGAAAUUUCUGGGGAUAUUCCUGUCUUUUCACAUUCUUCAUUAAGUUUCCUUAACCUUUCUGAUAAUGCAUUUGUUGGGCCCAUCCCUGUGAAUUUUUCUUCAGCAUUUCAAAACUUAACAGUUUUAUCUCUCAAAGAGAAUUAUUUUUCUGGGGAUAUCCCUUCAAGUUUUCCUCCUUCUAUUGAAGUUCUAGAUCUUUCUUCUAAUUUGUUUAAUGGUUCUUUACCCUCUGAUUUUAGUGUGGGACCCAAUUUGAGAUACUUGAAUCUUUCGUAUAACAAAAUCUCUGGUGCAAUUCCUGCUGAUUUUGGGGGUGAUUUUCCAGAAAAUGCUACCAUUGAUUUGUCUUAUAACAACUUAACGGGUCAAGUUCCGGGUUCUAAACCUUUCAUGGGUCAAAACCCGGAAUUGUUUUCGGGUAAUCAAGAAUUAUGUGGGAAACCAUUAAAGAAUUCAUGUGUUAUUCCUUCUACUCUCUCUACACCACCAAAUGUAACAGGUUCAAUCUCCCCUGCUAUUGCCGUUAUACCCAAACCCGUUGGAGAUUCGGACUCAAACACAUCAAAUAGAGCUCCGAGUAGUCAUAACAACGGGCUUAAACCCGCCGCCAUUGUUGGGAUUACAUUAGCUGAUUUAGCUGGGGUUGGAAUUUUAGGGGUUGUUUUAUUUUAUCUUUACAGAAUCAGAAACAGAAAACUCCAAAAACAACAAAAUCAAAAUCAAAAUCCCCAAAAAGAAAAUAACAAAAAUCCCCCUCCAAAAUCAGCUAAUUUAACCAACGAUCAUUUCUUAAUCCAAAUCAACAACAAUCCAACAACAACAACAACAUUAAAUCCAAACAAAACCCACAAAAAAUGUUUUACAUACUGUGUAAGAGGAGAAGAAAGCGAAGCAACAAGAACAAGUUCUGAUAGUGAAAGUACCGAUUCCGAUCAUGAUGAUCAUCAUCAAACCGAAAAAGAAAUCAACGGUGGAAAACAACCCAAUGAAGACGGUGGUGGAAGCCGAGGAGGGUCACUAGUAAUGGUGGAUGGCGAGACGGAGCUUGAGGCGGAGACACUGUUGAAGGCGUCGGCGUAUAUAUUGGGUGCAAGUGGGUCCAGUAUAGUGUAUAAAGCUGUUUUAGCAGAUGGGACUGCAUUUGCCGUAAGGAGAUUAGGAGAAAUUGGUAUUGAUAAGAUGAAAGAUUUUGAAGGGUAUAUUAGGAGUAUUGCUAAGGUUAAACAUCCUAAUUUGGUUCGUGUUCGUGGAUUUUAUUGGGCGGAUGAUGAGAAGCUUGUUAUUUAUGAUUAUGUUUCUAAUGGUACCCUUGCUUCUUCGGCUUACAAAAAGGGUGGUUCUACUCCAUAUCAUCUACCACUAGAAGCUCGGUUAAGGAUUGCAAGAGGAUUAGCUAGAGGAUUAACAUACAUUCAUGAAAAGAGAUAUGUACAUGCUAACAUUAAACCUAGCAAUAUUCUCUUAACAAAUGAUAUGGAACCUAUCAUUAGUGAUCUUGGGCUUAAUUGGCUAGUCUAUGGUAACAACAACAAAGGUAGUGGCUCGGCCCGUCAAUUCGGAAGCAAAAGAUCCAUGGGCUCACUUGAUGGCACUCAAGACCUCUCCGUAAGCGGAAGCCCAAACCCGUAUAUCAACCCGUUUGGGAGUAAUAACGGGUUUGGAUCGCCUUAUCAAGCCCCCGAAUCACUUAAGAAUCUUAAGCCCAACCCAAAAUGGGAUGCGUACUCAUUUGGGAUUGUGUUGCUUGAGCUUCUAACAGGGAAAGUGUACUUGGAUAGAGAAUUAGGCCAAUGGACCCCAAGUAAUAAUGGGGUUGAGGAUAGGUAUUGGGUUUUAAGGAUGGCUGAUGUUGCACUUAGGGCUGAAAUACAAGGCAAAGAAGAAGCUAUGAUGGGAAUAUUUAAGUUAGGGUUUAGUUGUGCAUCUUUGAUACCACAAAAAAGACCCUCCAUGAAAGAAGCUCUACAAAUCCUUGAGAAAAUUUCAUUAUCUUUUGUUCAUUAAUGUAUUUUCUAGAUUGUAAGAAAUUUAUACUUAAAUUUCUUUUUAUUGGGUUUUUUUUUUUUUUUUAUUAUUUGGUUAUAUGUAGAUUUCCAUCUUUUAACCUUAAUGUGUUUUCACAUAAAGUGAAAAGAGUGUGGAUGUGGAUAGUGGGUGCACUAGUGUUGUAAGAUUUUUCCUUAGCUAAAUUAUGAUGUUGGUAUUCUUAGAAUUGAUUUGCUUGUAUGCCAAGAUGAUGAUAUUUAAUAUGAUAGAAGUUCAAAGUUAAAUUCA